CAGAGGAGGGUGAGACCAGGUCCACAUUGUGUCCUCCCCAACUUUUUAAAGCUGGGGAGGACACGAGUUUUGUGGCAUCCCACAAGGUGUCUCUGUUGUCCCAGGCAGCGGGGCACCUCUAGCACUCCACCUCAGUCUGGGAUAAACAUUCAUCCGUCUCGCGUGUGCUACUCUGUUCUCUUAACAACUGUGCUCCUCAUGCUUGUUAUGGCUCCCAAACGCCCUCAACCACUUUCAUCCAGCUGCGGGAAGGUGCCCAAACAAGCGAAGGGGAAAAAGAAAGUCAUGACCCUUGUGGACAAGAUACAACUGCUGGACAAACUUAGGAGUGGCCAGAGUUUUGCCGUAGUGGCCACGAGUAUGGCAUCAAUGAGUCUACUGUCAGCUACAUCAAGAAGAAAGAGGGGAGAUGCACAAUGCAGUUGCCCUAGGUACCGUACCCUCUCUUCUGCCAAGAUUCAUCCUACAACUUGACCUUUAUAAACCAUGGAUGCUACAGACACAGAGGAAUUUUCUGAUGGUGACAGUGCAGGAGGUGGAGAUAUCAGGAAUAGAUCUUUAAGCAUGUCUGAGAGUCAUUGCUCAGAUUUUUCUGAUGCCGAUAAUACAGACUCCAGAGAUGUGAGUGAUUCACAGCUGACUCCUCUAGGGAGUGAUCCUCUUGCUCAACUCUUGACCACCCCUGACCAUGUAGGCCGAGACAGUACAACACCAGGCAGGGACACUCACACACCUACUCAAGAAACCACACCUCCAGGAAGAGACUGGACGCCAGGAAGAGAAACAGAAGUCGAUGUUGGAGACAGUGGAGAUAUUUUACUUCCCAAACCAGCAACUCCUCAACCGGGUGGUAAUAAAACUGACCGCAGGAAAGAAGGCAAAACUAAACGAGAGCAAGAGGAAGAAGAGAGGGAACGAAUGCAGGUUUUAGUAUCCAACUUUACAGAAGAACAACUAGACAGAUAUGAGAUGUUUCGCAGGUCUGCAUUCCCAAAAGCUGCAAUAAAGCGAGUUAUGCAGACCAUCACUGGAUGCUCAGUGUCGCAGAAUGUUGUCAUUGCCAUGUCUGGCAUAGCAAAGGUCUUUGUCGGGGAAGUUCUUGAAGAAGCCUUGGAUGUGAUGGAAACACAGGGGGAAUCAGGACCAGUACAGCCAAAGCACCUCCGUGAGGCUAUUCGCAGAGUGCGUCGCCGUCCUGGACAGCAUAUACCAACAAUGAAACAACAUCGAGCUCUCUUUAGGAUAUGAGCACAGUACCAUGUAAUAAAGGGUACAAUCACCUGUUUAGCGAUUUACAUCUUACCUUAAAGCCCUAAGCAAUAGACAAUUCUAAAGUAAGAGCGAUGAUAUUGGUUGUAAUGAUGAGUGAAAUGAAGAGAAGAAAACUUAGCAGAUAAUUUAUGAUAUAAAUGCUGCCAUGAUGUAACAGGAAGCCUUGAAGUUUAACAAUUUGUAAUGUUUACCUUAAACAUAUUUCUUGGUGAAUUUUGUAUUUCCCAUCAUAUAGUUGGCAAAUAUAUGAUUUUUCAAUAAGACUUUUA